AUGGCUAACAACAACGAUAAUAUUGAUGAAGUCCCAGCCUUCCUUCACCCUUCACUCAUAGCCAAGGCCAACUUCUUCCGCCGGAUUUUCACCCGCUACAGCUCCCCAUCCGAGGUCACAUUCACCACCGACAACCACACGGAACUAGUCCUUGUCACCAGCGCACUACUCCAGCCUCAGUUUUUGCAACAGAACCCUUCCGGCAUGGUGUUAGAGCCAUUUCGGAAGGGACGUGUGGUGACGUUCUGCGACAAUUUCGAUGACGAGAAACAGGACAACGUGGGCGGGUCACGUGCGGAUAGCAGCAGGACACUGUCAGCAAGAGAGGCAGUUGUUGGAGAGGGAGAAGAAGACGAGGUGGUGCAGCUAGUGCUGAUGCCACUAAUGGACUUGUUAGAGGAGACUGACAGAGAGAUGGGACUUGAAGGAUCAAGGUACAUUUUUACUGAUGAUGAGGAUGAAAAUGGUGAUGGCAAUGACUUGAAAUAUAGAUUAUAUAAUAGAGGUUAUUGA